AUGGGUCACUCUAAGAAAGUUGCCCAGAGCUUAGUCACACCAUGUAGACUAGAUUUGAAGCAUCGAAAACUCUCGGAUUCAUCCAAACCGAUAGAUCAAAAGAUCGACAAAAAUAUGGUUGAAAAUCUUUCAAAAUUAGGCUACUUAGUGAAGAAGGCUUCAAAAAAUUUAGAAGAAAUCAACAUAAUAAAUUGCACAAUAAGUCGGUCUUGGGGUUUAUGGCUACGUCUUUUGAAGUUGGGAGCAACUGAUGAUCCUCUUUCAUCAUUUGAAUACGGAACAAUCCUUGCGUUGAUUGAGUCUGAUGCAGAGGGGAUUGGUGGUAGUGGCUUUGUUGAAUGUAUAAGAGAGCACAUUCAUUCUGGGUGGGCUGGUCAAUUGACUGAGGAGCAGUUUAUUGCGGUGAAAGAACUGCUCAAAACAGCAAUCAGUCGGGCUACCUCUCGAAAUGACAUGGCAACUGUUAGAGAUGCCCUUGAAGUGUCAGCCGAAAUGUAUAAGAAGGACACGAACAAUGUUUCAGACUUUGUCCAGCGACAUCUUCGUUCGCUUUCCAUCUGGGAGGAGUUACGAACAGGACACUGGCUUAGGAGAGAGGAAGGGCAGAGGAAUUUAGAAAAGUAG